AUGUUAAUAGUAAAUAAAUUGAAUUAUGAAAGAAUUUUUCUUUUCAUACUAUUUAAAUCUAUAUUCUCAUUACCUAUACGAAAUAUUGACAAUCAUAUUCCUUUAAAAUUUAAAGUAGAAACAUCGACAAAUAAAUCUUUUGUAUGUCCAUGGUAUUGUUAUCCAGCUAUUAUAUUUAUUAUUCUUAUUUGUCUAAUUAUUCUUACUAUAUGUUUAUCAGCAUGUGAUUAUCAUUCUUCAAAAAAACAACAAGAAUCAAAUGUUAUUAAACAAAAAACAAUUUCAUUAGAAAAUAAAGACGAUGAUGACAAAAAGACAGUAGAUAGUAUGUCACAAAAAGUAUUGAAAAAAUCUCAAGAUGAUGAUGCUAUUAGUUUAACUAGUACUAAUUCGGAGAAAAACUAA